CCCCCCCCCCCCCCGGCAAACAUGGCCCAUUGUGAGCGGGCCUCAAGGCCUCUUCUGCAAUGUCUCCAGAAAUCAUCUUUGAGGGGCCUUUCCGCCGUCCAGCUGCAGUCGACGCGGGCUUUCCAGACCACCGCUGUUGUCCGGGAGGAGGCUCAAGCGGAAACAAAGAGCCAACCGUUCUAUAAAGCGCCAGAUCCUACACUCGUAACAAGUCCUCGGUUGGAGCGCAGAUUGAUACGACAAGGUAUUGCGCCGGUGGGAUCUCGUCGACGUCGUGCCGCGCUCCAGGAUUCGCCGAAUCUACCGUUCGAGCAGCUGCCUUACCAAUGCUUCCAGGAGGCACGGAAAGUUUUACUUGGAGAUCGGGACGAGAAGCUGGAGGAAAUAACCGCGACUAGUGAAAAGAUUGCUAGGAUUCAGUCGCUCCCACAGGACCAACUGAUGCAACAAGGCACCAAGUCCCGACUACGCGCACUGGAGCUUCACCUAGAGAAGCUCACAGUCCUGGCGGACAUCAAUGAUCCUCUUGUUAAGAAGAAGUUUGAGGAUGGAAUGGGCGACAUGAGCAAACCCAUUUACCGUUACCUGGCGGAUCAGAAAUGGAGGGAUUACCGCCGCAAAAUCCUGGUCCAACGAAUUACCCAAAUGAAAGUGAUCCCUGACGUUCUUCCUCACUGCGAUCCUAUCGUCGACACCAAGCUCUACUUUGGCAGAAAGCUCGUGCAGCCUGGAGAGUUCGUCAACUCGCAGGCCAGCAGCACCGCCCCCAAGCUGGACAUACAAUUAUUCGAAGGUGGAGAGAAGUUGGUGACGAUUGCUGUUGUCGAUUCGGAUGUUCCCAACGUCGAGGCAGACAGCUACGACUAUCAGACACACUACCUCGCCGUGAACAUUCCCAUCUCGGCGAUCAACACCAAGGUUGACCUCUCCCAGCUGUCAGCGGAUUCGCAGGUGGUCCUUCCCUGGCUGCCUCCUGUUGCUCAGAAGGGCAGCCCCUACCACCGAUUGUCAAUCUUCAUCCUGGAGCAGAAGGACUCUCAGCCGCUGGAUUUUGCUGCCAUCAAGGGCCGCGAAUCUAACCGCGACGACGCGCUUCUUCGUACGCUGCAAGCACGGUACCACCUGAAGCCCAUUGGAGCGCACCUAUUCCGAACCGUCUGGGACGACACAACACUAGAAGUCAUGAAGCAAAUCGGCUUCCCGGAAGCGGACAUGGAGCUCCGACGCAAGAGAGUCGAGCCUCUCCCUUACAAGAGAAGAAACCCGUCCACUUUCCGGUAAUUCUUUCGAGUACACUAUCACCUAUUACUCAUAGUUGUCUCCCCGUGUUCCUGCUCUAUCAUUAUUUGCUUUUUUUUUUCCCCCCCUAGAUAUGUACUGUACAACCGAUAUGUAUGAAUAUAUUCCAAAAUUCCUCCAACUCC